GAAUCAGUUGGGUUUGAAAAGUCAACAAAUAAACGUUAAAGAAGAUGUUGGAAGGUUUUUUACCGCCGAUUAAUCCGAAAUUGGUCGAGGAAAUCGCGCAGAAAUUAAACGAGGAUCCCGAAAGGGUUUCGAAUAAUAUAAAAUUAUUAGCCGAGUGGAUUCAAUAUCAACAACAUCUCCCUAAAAAUUAUGAUCCUUGCAUUUUACCGUCAUUUCUGAGAGGAUGUAAACAAAACCUUGAUAAAGCCAAAAAGAAAAUCGAAACUUUUUUUAUAGCGAAAAAUACCCAACUGGAUAUAUUUGGAAAUAUAUCUCCAACUUACGAAGAAGAUUUAAGUUCUUAUAAAUAUAUGGACGUCGCAAUAAUACCGGAAUUAACACCCGAAGGUUACAGAAUAACGAUAUUUACAAUUACAAAUCCGAAUUCAUCGAUUUACGAAAAUUUUCGGGCUCUCAGAUACACCUCAAUGUUAGCCAACAUGAGAACACACCAUGAUAUUCACCAAGUAGCCGGGGAAGUAAUCAUUUUAGACGCGAGAUUGUGCGUUCCAAAUCACGUAUCGAAAUUUCUUUGUAAUAUAACCCGAAAAUAUUUAGACUUAGUUCAAACAGCAAGCCCACUGAUGUUGAAACAAAUCCAUAUCAUCACAACAAUGGGGAUUGUUGUUAAAGCUGUUGGGAUUGUUAAAACUUUUUUUAAAGAAAAAAUGAGGAAUCGAUUCUAUGUUUGGUCGAAUCUCGAUAAAUUACAAGAUUUUAUCCCCUUGAAAUGUUUACCAAGCGAUUUUGGUGGGGAGUUAAAAACCAUAAAAGAGUACAGCGAUGGGUGUUAUAAAUACGUGAGUAAUUGCGAUUUAUUCGAAAAACUGGAUGAGAUGAAAUUAUUGGGGCCAAUUCCGAAAGAGAGCACGAUUACGUUUUCUAAUGAAGAUUUUGGGGUUGAUGGAAGUUUCAGAAAAUUAAACGUAGAUUAAAUAAUUAUCUAUGUUAAAUGAAAUAAUAAAAAAACCCUACAUUAA